UUACCAUCAACCGAAACCUUUUAACUUUUUCAUCUCUGUAAACCCAUGGAUUCCAUUUCCUGCUUUUCCUCAAAUUAAAAUAUUAAAAAAAAAACCACCGAUUCCCUUAACACAGCCCCAAGACCAAUAGUCGUUUGCCUCAACAACAAAAAGAAAAGCCAAAGAAGAGCCACCACCAGGCAUCAAAGCUCAGACUUUGGACUGUUUUCCCUCUCAAUUUGAGCGCGCGUGUCCUGUAAAUGUGGGAGCCAUCGAAUUUUUGAGUGGUGUGAAGUGAUAUACAAAUUACCAUUAGUUUCGUUUUUAAUUUAUUAAAAAGCAUCUCAAAAGUUAUAAAACUUUUUCUUAAACCACCCAACCCAAAAGAAAACCUCUGGUUCUGUUUUAAAAAUGGCGGAUUCUCCUGUCACUCAGAUGAAGAUUGUUAAAGGCGACUAUGGAUAUGUACUUGAGGAUGUUCCUCAUCUCGUCGAUUACAUUGCUGAUCUGCCUAAUUAUCCUAAUCCCUUGCGAUCUAACCCUGCUUAUUCAGUGGUCAAGCAAUAUUUUGUUCAUGUAGAUGAUACUGUUCCUCAAAAGAUUGUUGUUCACAAAGAUAGUCCAAGAGGGACACAUUUUCGGCGAGCAGGCCCUCGUCAGAAGGUGUAUUUUGAAUCUGACGAAGUGCACGCAUGUAUAGUAACAUGUGGUGGUCUGUGCCCUGGACUCAACACUGUGAUUAGGGAAAUUGUUUGUGGUCUUUAUCACAUGUAUGGAGUCACCAGAAUUCUCGGGAUAGAUGGAGGAUACAGGGGUUUUUAUUCCCGAAACACUGUUACUUUAACACCGAAGGUUGUCAAUGACAUCCAUAAACGUGGUGGUACUAUUCUUGGGACAUCACGGGGAGGCCAUGACACCUCGAAGAUUGUUGACAGCAUUCAGGAUCGUGGGAUAAAUCAGGUUUACAUAAUAGGAGGUGAUGGAACUCAAAGAGGAGCAGCUGUUAUAUUCGAGGAAAUUAGAAGACGCGGUCUCAAAGUUGCUGUUGCAGGAAUCCCUAAAACCAUUGAUAAUGACAUUCCGGUCAUAGACAGGUCCUUUGGCUUUGAUACUGCUGUUGAGGAGGCUCAACGUGCAAUUAACGCAGCGCAUGUUGAAUCUGAAAGUAUUGAGAAUGGUAUUGGUCUUGUAAAGCUGAUGGGACGGUACAGCGGUUUCAUAGCCAUGUAUGCUACCCUUGCCAGCCGAGAUGUGGAUUGUUGUUUGAUACCCGAAUCCCCAUUCUAUCUUGAAGGAAGUGGUGGGCUUUAUGAGUUCAUAGAAAAACGACUCAAGGAAAAUGGGCAUAUGGUUAUUGUGAUAGCUGAGGGAGCAGGACAGGAGCUUCUCUCGGAGAGUUUGCAAUCCAUGAACCAACAAGAUGCUUCGGGAAAUAAACUACUGCAAGAUGUUGGAUUGUGGAUAUCUCAAAAGAUCAAGGAUUAUUUCGCAAAGCAAAAUAAACUACCUAUUAAUCUUAAAUACAUAGAUCCUACAUACAUGAUCCGGGCAAUUCCAGGGAAUGCAUCCGACAAUGUGUACUGCACACUCCUUGCACAGAGUGCAGUACAUGGUGCCAUGGCCGGGUACACAGGCUUCGUAAGCGGACUUGUGAAUGGAAGACAGACUUACAUUCCUUUCAAUCGCAUCACCGAAAAACAGAAUCAGGUUGUGAUAACUGACAGAAUGUGGGCAAGGCUUCUAUCUUCAACCAACCAGCCGAGUUUUUUAAACCCGAAAGCUCUGACUGAAGCCAAAAAGAAAGAAGAGGAAUUCCCAAACCAGUUGGAUAGAGAAGAUUCCAUAAAAGGACCUUUGGUGACAAACAAUAAUGUACUUUUAACCUAAACUAGACUACUGAUGACACAACUGCACAGUUGCUUGUUAUCAGUAUAUUUUUUUGUCCAAUAAUUGUGUAAGCCUAAGUUAAUAAGACUUGCAGUUUAGAGAGUACAAAAGAUGAAGUUUUUAUUUAUUAUUUAAAGUUUUUCGGUUUAAUUAUUAAUAAGUGUUUGAGUUGAACUUGAAUUUUCUUUUAAAAGAACCCCAUCUUUUAUAUGUUA